CAUCCCAUAAUGUCUUAUCAAUAUCCCCCGCCAAACCAGCCGCCUUACGGCGCAUACGGACAACCUCCACACGGUGCACCGCCUGGUCCUCCCCAAGGCUGCCAACAGCCUCCCUAUCCCCAACAGCAAUACGGUGCGCCCCCGGGUGCUCCUCCACCGCAAGGCCAGUACCCGCCUCAACAAGGCUACGGCCACCAUCCACCGCAGCAGGGCGCAUACUACGGUGCUCCCUCUCCGCAACCUCCAUAUGGCCAGGCUCCUCAUGGCCAGGCACCUUAUGGCCAACCGCCGCAGGGAUAUGCCCCUCCUCCUAACCAGCCGCCCGCCGGUGGUCCCGGUUAUGGCGCGCCAUACGGCGCACCCCCAAUUGGACAUGGAGCACCACCACACGGAGGCAUGCCUCCAUAUGGCGCAGCGCCUUCUGUGCCAUCAUUAGGCUACAUCCCUGGCCAAACAGCGCCGGGCGACUUUAGCCCCCAAGCCGAUGCGCUACGGAAAGCGAUGAAGGGCUUCGGCACCGACGAAAAGGCCUUGAUCCAUGUCCUCGCGCAGCUCGACCCGCUGCAGAUGGCCGCCGUGCGCGCCACGUACUCCCAGCACAUCAAACGCGAUCUCUACAAGGACGUCAAGUCCGAGUGCGGUGGACACCUCCGAGACGGCCUGCUGGCCGUGAUCGAGGGCCCAUUAAUGUACGACACAGUCUGCGCUCGCGAAGCCAUCGAGGGCAUCGGUACCAAAGAAUGGCUUCUAAACGAUGUUCUACUGGGCCGGUCAAACGCCGACCUAAACGCUAUCAAGACCGCCUACGAGCGCACCUACCACCGCCCGCUGACCAAGGACGUCGAAGGCGACCUGUCCUUCAAGACAGCCGGCCUCUUCGCAUCGGUCCUCCGUGCCCAGCGACACGACGAGUCCAUUCCGCCCAACCCGCACGCCAUCGAAAACGAGGUACGCACCCUGCACGAGGCCACCUCUGCUCGCAUGGUCAACAACGUCGCCGAGGUGUGUGGUAUCUUUGCGCGCUCCUCGGACAACGAAAUCCGCGCCAUCGACCAGGCCUUCCACGCGCGGUACCACGCCGAUCUCGAGAAGCAUAUCGAGAAAGAGUUUGCGGGUCACAUGGAGGGCGCACUGCUGCAUAUGCUCCGGACGGCGAAGGAUCCUGCUAUGCGCGAUGCCAUCUUGCUUGAAGAGUGCAUGGCCGGCAUGGGCACCAAGGAUGAACGGUUGGUUGUGCGCGUGGUCAGGGUUCACUGGGACAGGAACCACAAGGAGCAGGUUAAACGUGCCUAUCGUCAUAGGUUUGGAAAGGACUUGAUUGAGCGUGUUCGUGGCGAGACCUCGGGUGAUUACCAGCGUUUGAUGGUUUCUCUGCUCGAGUAG